UUUGUUUCAUAAAUCAAAUCAGCCUUGAAUGCUUUGAGACUAGUCCGGAAUUUGACUUCAGCCUGCCGUCAGCACAACGUGUACUCUGUGGCGAAGUUAUGGAUUUUGGUCCAUAUGACUGCUGGUUUUUGUCUUAUGCAGGCGCAGUCAAAAUGCGGAUGGCAAAGGCAAGAUAUCCCAGUUUCGGGAAGCUUAAUAUCCCAUCCUAUUCCUACCUUGAUCGGUUCAUUGCUAGUAUUUCAUUUUUAAUUAUGCAUACAUUUACAUAGAAAUUGUCUAUAAUUAUAAUAUUGUCCAUAUUGCUGUUGCUUGCACUUACGAGGACUUAAAAAAAACUUUGAAAUUUGAAGCAGAUGUUAAAGGAUCAGUAAAAAGAAUUAAAAAGUUAUAGCUCGAUCAAUGGAGGCUAUCAUCCUCCUGACUUACCAUCCUCGGAGUAAUAUAAACUUCAUUUCCAACUGUUUGUGUAAAAUUCUUAAGCUCAGCUGAAUCUGAGCUAUGUUCCCAUUUCACGAAAGUUUAACCUUAGCAGUUCCGCAGGAACAUUUUGACCCAAACGUAAUCCUUCGUCCCCGAGGUCUCAGCACUAUUCGUUUUAUUUAGUCAAGAGGCCCACCUCCUCCAUUAAUGAGAACGUACCUAACUUUGUGUCCUCCUUAAUUACUAGGGUAGGGAGCAAUUUUUUAAUCAGUACUCGUACUCACGGAAAGAAUCGUUCGUUGGCGAGUUCGGUACGAUGGCUCAAGUCUAGAGACGAGACCCGGAAAUUUGUCCGAAUAUUGAGACGCGAAAGUUUUAGAACGGAAAAGAGAGAGGGCAGGGUCAUCCUCAUCUCUUCGCGUCUCUUCUGCGGAGGAAAGCAAAAGGAGCGAAAGGGAUAGAGGAUUAAUUGAUCGAUGGCGUCGGCGUCGGCGUCGGAGAGCAGGAACGUGACAUCGGAGGAGACGGAGGUGACGUCGGAGCGGCGACCGGAAGAAGGGAAGGAGGAGAGGGAGAUGGACCUAGAGUUCCCUCUUAUGAGGCAGUCCUCCAUAUACUCCCUCACCCUCGAUGAGAUCCAGAACACGGUGUGCGAGCCCGGAAAGGCCUUUGGCUCCAUGAACAUGGACGAGUUCCUCACCAACAUCUGGAACGUCGAGGAGGGCCAGAUCGCGAACGCCCACGCGCAGAAGCAACCGCACAUCGGCGGAGGGGGGAUGCCCGCGGCGGCGCCGCUGCAGCGGCAGGGAUCGAUCACCAUCCCUCCGCCGCUGUGCAGGAAGACGGUGGACGAGGUGUGGGAGGACAUCCACCGAGACCAGAACGCCCGCCGCCAGAACGUCGACGGGGCGCCGCCGCCGUCACAGCAGCAACAGCAGCCGCAGAGCAACGGCGUCGCCCAUCGGAAGCGGACCUUCGGGGAGAUAACGCUCGAGGACUUCCUCGUCAAGGCCGGGAUCGUGAAGGAGGGCUACCAGCGCGGGAGCGCCCCGUCACCCCACGCGGCGCCGGUUCCGCCGGCGACGCAGUACGGGAUGCCGGCGGGGUACCAGAUGGUGGGGCCGGAGGGGGCGCCGGUGUUCGGGCACGUGGUGGGGGUGCAGGCGUACGGGGACCACCAGGUCGCCGCCGCAAAUAGGAUGUACCAGGUCGUCGGCGAUGGUGGUGGGCCAAGCUACGCGUUGAGGAAUGGGUUCGGGGGGAUGGUUGGGAACGGGUACGGUGGUGGAGCGGCGGUUGGGGGGUCGCCGGCGAGCCCGGGAUCCUCGGAGGGGGCGGGGGGAGGGCAGGUGGACAACUCCGAUGCGGCAGAGGGAGGCGGAGGUGGGAAGGGAGGGAGGAAGAGGGCGCUGGACGGGACGGUGGAGAAGGUGGUGGAGCGGCGGCAGCGGAGGAUGAUCAAGAACCGCGAGUCUGCGGCCAGAUCCCGCGCCCGAAAGCAGGCAUAUACAGUAGAGCUCGAGGCGGAGCUGAACCAGUUGAAAGAAGAGAAUGCCCGCCUGAAGGAAGAGGAGAAGAAAAUUCUGGCAUUGAAGAAGCAACUGCUGAUGGAGGCCAUGGCCGAACGUGCACGCGUGAACGCCCAGAAGACUAUCCUGACGCUGAGGCGCUGCAACAGUAGCCAGUGGUAAUGGGAUCUCAGCAACGACCCUAGCCCUCACCUGCCAUGCGUCAUGUAGUAGUAGUCUUUCGUUUUGUUUUAGCUCUGUUAUGAGGAGCAGGGCGCUGGGAGCGAACCCAUCUCAUUGCUUAGCUCCUUCCCAUGGUUCCUGCUUUUUUGUUAGUAGGCCCUUUUGUUGAAUCCCUCGGUGAUAGCUAUCCUGAUACAUAGAGAAUUUGGUUGGCUGCUCUGCUGUACAAAGGUCUGCCCGGAAAACAAUGUGAAAUAAAGAAGUGCCAACAUGUUCUUGUGUUC